AUGGAUGAAAAAGUAUUAAGACGAGACUCUGGUGGAGGUCCCGAUAGGGAGUGGUUUCAGAAGGAGAAGCAGCGUAUUGAGGAUGAAAUUCGAGAGGGAAUGCAAGAGGCUGUGUCUCAUGUCCAUAUUCUAAACCAAAAUUUGGAGCAUUUGAACGAUGUGGGACAAGAAGUGGUAGCUAUUUCAUCCGUGUGGGUAAAAUUCUUGCGUCAAAUGACAACGACUAGCGACAAGGUCGGUUAA